GGCCAGGUCCAGGGGGCAGUGCCCGAGCGGUGCGGGGUGCCCCGGCCUCUCCUCCGAGCAUCUCCCUCCUCCUCCCCACGACUCCCCAAGCCCCUCGACAUGGCUUUCGCUAAUUUCCGUCGCAUUCUGCGCCUGUCCACCUUCGAGAAGAGAAAGUCCCGCGAAUAUGAGCACGUCCGUCGGGACCUGGAUCCCAACGAGGUGUGGGAGAUCGUGGGCGAGCUGGGAGACGGCGCCUUCGGCAAGGUUUACAAGGCCAAGAAUAAGGAGACAGGUGCCUUGGCCGCAGCCAAAGUCAUUGAGACCAAGAGCGAGGAGGAACUGGAGGAUUACAUUGUGGAGAUUGAGGUCCUGGCCACCUGUGAUCACCCAUACAUCGUGAAGCUCCUGGGUGCCUACUACUAUGACGGGAAGCUGUGGAUCAUGAUUGAGUUCUGCCCCGGGGGAGCCGUGGACGCCAUCAUGUUGGAGCUGGAACGAGGCCUCACCGAGCCCCAGAUUCAGGUCGUGUGCCGUCAGAUGCUGGAGGCCCUCACCUUCCUGCACGGCAAGAGGAUCAUCCACCGCGACCUGAAAGCCGGCAAUGUGCUCAUGACCCUCGAGGGGGACAUCAGGCUGGCUGACUUUGGUGUGUCGGCCAAGAAUCUGAAAACUCUACAAAAACGAGAUUCCUUCAUAGGAACGCCUUACUGGAUGGCUCCUGAGGUGGUGCUCUGCGAGACCAUGAAGGACACCCCCUACGACUACAAAGCUGACAUCUGGUCCCUGGGCAUCACGUUGAUCGAGAUGGCACAGAUUGAGCCUCCACACCACGAGCUCAACCCCAUGAGGGUCCUACUCAAGAUCGCCAAGUCAGACCCUCCCACGCUGCUCACUCCCUCCAAGUGGUCUGUGGAGUUCCGGGACUUCCUGAAGAUAGCGCUAGACAAGAACCCAGAAACCAGACCCAGCGCUGCCCAGCUGCUGCAGCACCCCUUCGUCUGCAAUGUAACCAGUAACAAGGCUCUUCGGGAACUGGUCGCAGAAGCCAAGGCCGAGGUGAUGGAGGAGAUUGAAGACGGCAGGGAUGAAGGAGAAGAGGGGGACGUUGUGGACGCUGCUUCUCUCCCCCAGGACCCCACUCAGGAAUCUGCCGAUGCCAGUCCGCUGAGCCUCGCUGCUGACAAGCUUCUCCAGGAACCUUCUGCCGAGCUGCCCCCCAGCCAGCCCCAGGACCUUGUGAAUGGGCCCUGCAGCCAGCCCUCAGGGAACGGAUCCCUCCAAACCACCAGCCCCCCAGAUGUGACCGCUGUGAAUGACAAGGACCUAACUGUGCCCAUUCCCCUCCGGAAGUCCCGACCGGUGUCCAUGGAUGCCAGAAUUCAGAUGACCAUAGAGAGGCCAGUCACUGAGCAGGCCGGAGACGGCAGCCCCGCCACCAGCAGGACCCAGAAGACGAACCACAACCGGCCCAUCAGCAGCGCCCUGGAGACCUUGGGCAGCAAGAAGCUGACCAAUGGCGACCUGGAGCCCCCCAGCCAGGCAGAGGCAGACCCCUCCAAGCGGGCCUCUGACAGCAGCAGCCUGUCCACCUCGGAGAGCAUGGACUAUGGCACCUCCCUGUCUGCUGACCUGUCCCUCAACAGAGAGUCUGGCUCGCUGUCCCUCAAGGACUCAAGACUGCACAACAAGACCCUGAAGCGGACCCGCAGGUUUGUGGUGGACGGUGUGGAGGUGAGCAUCACCACCUCCAAGAUCAUCAGUGAAGAUGAGAAGAAGGACGAGGAGAUGAGAUUCCUCAGGCGCCAGGAACUCCGAGAGCUCCGACUGCUGCAGAAAGAGGAGCAUCGGAACCAGACCCAGCUGAACAGCAAGCAUGAACUCCAACUGGAGCAGAUGCAGAAGCGCUUUGAACAAGAAAUCAAUGCCAAGAAGAAGUUCUUUGACGUGGAACUGGAGAACCUGGAGCGCCACCAGAAGCAGCAGGUGGAGAAGAUGGAGCAGGACCACGCCGUGCGCCGGCGCGAGGAGGCCAAGCUGAUCCGGCUGGAGCAGGAGCGCGACCACGCCAGGUUCCAGGAGAAGCUGAAGCUCAUGAAGAAAGAGGUGAAGAGCGAGGUGGAGAAACUGCCCCGGCACCAGCGGAAGGAGAACAUGAGGCAGAAGAUGGAGGAGCACUCGCAGAAGAAGCAGCAACUCGACCGGGACUUUUUAGCCAAGCAGAAAGAGGACCUGGAGCUGGCCAUGAAGAAGCUCACCAUGGAGAACCGGCGUGAGAUCUGCGAGAAGGAGCGCGAAUGCCUGAACAGGAAGCAGGAGCUCCUUCGAGAGCGGGAGGCGGCGCUGUGGGAGAUGGAGGAGCGCCAGCUGCAGGAGAGGCACCAGCUGGUGAAACAGCAGCUCAAGGACCAGUACUUCCUGCAGCGGCACGAUCUGCUCCGCAAGCACGAGAAGGAGCGGGAGCAGAUGCAGCGCUAUAACCACCGCAUGCUGGAGCAGCUGAAAGUCAGGCAGCAGCAGGAGAAGGCCCGGCUGCCCAAGAUCCAGAGGAGCGAGGGCAAGACCCGCAUGGCCAUGUUCAAGAAGAGCCUGCACAUCAACGGGGCGGGCAGUGCCUCGGAGCAGCGCGAGAAGAUCAAGCAGUUCUCCCAGCAGGAGGAGAAGAGACAGAAGGCUGACCGGCUACAGCAGCAGCAAAAACAUGAGAACCAGAUGCGGGACAUGGUGGCACAGUGUGAGAGCAACCUAAGUGAACUGCAGCAGCUGCAGAAUGAAAAGUGUCACCUGUUGGUCGAGCACGAGACCCAGAAACUGAAGGCCCUGGACGAGAGCCACAACCAGAGUCUGAAGGAAUGGCGGGACAAGCUCCGGCCACGCAAAAAGGCUCUGGAAGAGGACUUGAACUUGAAGAAGAGGGAACAGGAAAUGUUCUUCAAACUCAGCGAGGAGGCAGAGGUGGGCCCCACCGCAUCCAGCAGAACUAGCAAGCUCGUCCACUAUAGCUCUGCGGAUGCUUCCUAACGGCGCCCCAGCACCGCCGCCACCGCGCCCCACCACGCCAUGGCAGACAGCACGGCCUUGGGGCAGCCUCCAGGGCCUCCCAUCCUCGGUGAACAAAGCUACUCAGGACCUGCUUCCCUCUUGCUCCUGUGCCAGCUGGAAGCCAGCCCCCGGGCCUGUGCUCCAGUGUCCCCUCUUUCUUGUUCACUAUUGGAGGGCGCGGUGUCCUCAGGUGAAACUGAUGCAUGUCCUCAUCGAGCCCAGAGCCCAUCCAGUGGAAGUGACUGGGCCUUUGGGGCCAGGGGCCAGGGGGAACGGGUGUGCCCCUCCUGUUUGCCAAAACACCAGCUUUGCUGUCUCGCUCUGCUCGUGACGUCACUGCGGACUCACCCUCCUGAAGUCCUCGUGGCUUCUCGGCGAGUCCCCGCAGUGCCAGGCGGCAGCCACUGUGGUUUCCAGCAGCCAUCUGCUCAGUGGUCCUCCAGUCCCUGGAUCCCCCAGUUCGCUUUCUGUUGAUGCAAAGCACUGUGUUUGGGGAACCAGGGCAUGGGGAAGAGGGAGGCCUGAAGCAUUCUAACAUUUUAUUCUGAUUUCUGCCACCUCGUGCCAUCCCCCGUGCUCACUCCCACGCCCCCACGCACAUGUGCACACACAGGACCCUGCCCCCCAGUACUGCCUGAGCCACUGGGCAUGUUGAGCAGCGCAGUUGGUGGGGUGCCCACUGAGUGCUGGCAUGGGAGCCCACAGAAGGUACAUUCCGUCUGCCACUCUGCGACUCAUUUGGCCCCAUGCAGAAUGCUGUGGUCAGGGAUAAAGCGUCCUCCACACACGACGCCCACAGCCCAGUGUAUGCCCAUCUUACUGUGGGUGCCAAUGGGGAGAUUCUUGCCCUUUGCCCUGGUCUCCCUGCCUUGGUCCAGAAGACCCACUGGACAUUUCAGACCAAGUCUGGCCAUCACUGGGGCUUCUCUUCAAGAAGAAACGCCCUGCCCCAGGAGGGGUCGCAAGCAAAGGUUCUGAGCUUACUGUGGGUUCCGGGUCUUCAGGUUGCUCAGGUGGUUUAACUAGGUGCUGACCCCUACAGGAUGCCAAGUGUGUACCCCCAACCAAAGCAUCCCACCUGUGUUCACUUACAGAGCAAACCUUUCUUCACUGAUGUCUAAUUGCUCCUUUCAUAUAACCUAAAUGUCUGCCUGCUUCAGAAAGAUGUGUAUGCUUUUAAAAAAA